AGGCUUCUCUCCCUCACACUCGUUUCAGGCUUUCACUUCUCCUUUGCCUCUCAACCAUAAUCAUAUUUUUUGUUUUGAAAAGAAAAAGGAAAGAAAGAAAUAAAGGAAGGAAGAAAGUUAAGUAGUAGUGAAGAAAGAUAUGAUGUUUCAUUACAAUUACACCACUCUUACUGCUUUGCUUUCUACCACUAACAAGUAAUACUACUAGUGCUACUCCUCUCUGAAGACGACAGGGCACAGGGACUCGUCGUAACCAGGAAGAAGCCCACAUUCCUAUUCUUUCUUACGGAAAAGGGUUUUCCUUCAAAACCCAACUUCUACAAUAAAGCUCACUCUUUGUGUUUCAGUCUCUCUCUCUCUCUCCCCCUCUUGUACGCGUAAAAGGUGCAUUAUUUCGCAUGUUUUCUCUCUAUUCAUGUUGGUUUUGAGCAACUGGGUUGUGUGAUUUUAUUGGGGUUUCUUGUUUUUUGAGAUCGGAAAUCGGAAAAGGGAUUUUUUUUUUUGGGUAGGGGGUGGGGGGGAAUUGGGUGAGGAAGGAGCUUUUUAGGUGGGCGGAGAUGGAUUCAUCCCCGGGAAACCCAGAAAUGUAUGGAAGAAUUAGUAAUAAUACGAGGAGAUUUGGAAUUCAAAUUCCGGAGUCGAAUUUCAUAAGGGCACCUCUGACUGCAUUUUUGGAGCAUACGGGUAUAUUUGGAGGAGGGAGCUCUGUUUCUCAGGCGACACGUGGGUUCGUCGGGAGCCGGCACUCGCUGAAUCGUUCUUCGAGGGACUCUCUUCAGGAGGAGGAGGACGAUGAAGAUGACGAAUACGAUGUCGUUCCGGGGGACGGUGAAGAUGAGGAGGAGGUUUCUAUUAGGAUCAUUGGAGCGGCAGAGCAUCAGAAUGAGCUUCCCGCCGUAGAUGGAGCUAACGUCGUUUUACGCAGUGGAAACGACAAUGCAGGACCCAGUUCGGCGAGCGAAGACGGCGAGGGAAACGUUGAGUCUGGAGCCGGAGCCACGAAUAAUAAUAGCAGGGACUCUCCUUAUCAGAGAUAUGAUAUCCAACACUUCGCUAGGUGGUUUGAGCAGAUUCUCCCUUUUACUUUGCUACUUCUUCUUGUCUUCAUUAGACAACAUUACCAAGGUUUUUCAAUUACUAUUUGGAUCGCUGCAGUCAUGUUCAAAUCAAACGAUAUCGUGCGAAAACAAACGGCUCUAAAGGGGGAGAGAAAAAUACCCAUUCUUGUGUGUAUCAGUUCAGUGUUCAUGCUUCAUGUGACCUGCUUUUACUGGUGGUACCGAAAGGAUGACCUUCUGUACCCUUUGGCUCUAAUUCCUCCUAAAGCGGUACCUCCCUUCUGGCAUGCCGUAUUCGUCAUCAUGAUAAAUGAUAUUAUGGUCCGGCAGGCUGCAAUGGCCCUCAAAUGUAUGCUUUUGGUGUUUUACAGAGAUAGUAGAGGCCGUGAUUACCGCAAGCAGGGUCAAAUGCUAACUCUUGUUGAGUACCUGUUGUUGCUGUACCGUGCCUUAUUGCCUACUCCUGUAUGGUACCGAUUUUUCUUAAACAAAGAAUAUGGGAGCUUUUUCUCUUCACUAACUACUGGGUUGUAUUUAACCUUCAAGCUCACAUCGGUUGUGGAGAAGGUUCAGUGCUUUUUUGUUGCAUUGAGAGCCCUGUCUCGUAAGGAAGUGCACUACGGAUCUUAUGCUACAUCCGAACAGGUGAGCGCCGCGGGAGAUCUCUGUGCAAUUUGCCAGGAGAAGAUGCAUGCUCCUAUACUUCUUCGUUGUAAACACAUAUUCUGUGAGGAUUGUGUAUCAGAAUGGUUUGAGCGCGAAAGAACUUGUCCAUUAUGCAGAGCCUUGGUGAAACCAGCCGGAAUCAAAUCAUAUGGGGAUGGAGCAACUAGUUUGUACUUCCAGCUAUUUUAGGACACACCAACCAUCGUUGAUGGAAACCUGAGCUUCUUUGAGAAUGAAAAAAGGUCUCAUGUGUUGCAAGCAAAUGGAUUCAUACUACCGAUGAAAUUCUCAUUCGCGUUCCAAUGAACUUGGAAUAGAAUGUUUUGGACGUGAUGAACUUGAAAUCAUCCCAUACCAGCGUGGUUUUUCAAUCCAUUGUAGAUAGCCUCUGCAUGUAAAAAUUGAAGAGGUUUAUAUCUUAUUUGUAUUCGAACCACACAAGGUUUAUUUUUACUUGUGAAAUACAUAUAUAAUAAUAAUAUAUACACGAAAUAUACGUAUAUGUAGAUAACAAAUAAAGGAAUACUUGACAUAUGAAGUCACACUCUACGUUAGACCUUACGAUUCAUAGUGUGGAAACUGACAUAUGUUAUUUGCAUGAUCAUUUGAUUUAUUGAAGUUUCCUCUCAAGUUUAAUAGU